CUUUCAGUCAAUAUUUUACUACAAAAUGUUUCCAGUGCAGAUGAGAAUCAAGAAUUUUUAAAAAAUAAUAAUAGUGUUCCCGACAUGGUUAGAAGUUCUUUAUUUAAAAUUGACGAAACAACCCCUCCAGUUAAUAACUCGAAAAUACCAUCAAUAGCAAUUUUCCCAAUCGUGGAGACAACAACACUACCACCUUCUUUUGGGAAGACGUGUUUAGACCAUGAAGAGGACUAUGGGCGAAGAUGGCCAGAAACCCAAGCUGCAGCUUGGGCAACAACCAAUAACAUGGUUUGUCUUCACGAAGACUACCUUCCCGUUAGAAGACAUUGCUCAGAAAAGGCUGUUUGGAAAGAACCAGAUGCUAAAGGCUGUGCUCAAGUUACUUAUACAGAUACAACACAUAAAUUAAUUGAUUUACUUCAGAAAGAUUCACCAGAAGCGAUUAACACUCUUGUUGAACUAACAGAACAAGAUCAAAAACGUUUUAAAGUCAUUGAUAUCUACCUCAUUUCACAAAUUUUACAAAAAGCUAGUAGCAAUAACAAUAUUGCAAAAAACCCCGACAAUUUUACUGAAGUUAUUAGCAAUAUUAUGGACUUUGAGAGAGAAACACUUAAUGCUUCGCAACAACUUUUAAACUCUACCGAUAAUAUUUUGUACAGUUUCGACAAACUCCUCUUACAAACAAGAAAUACUAACAUCACACAACCUAAACUAUUUAUUAGGACUAUAAACGUAGACAAUAAUGUACAUAGGGUAAUGAUCAAAAGUAAUAAAUACAACAAUAGUUUUCAUUAUUUCGAAAUGUCGGAAUUUGAUAAUGAUGAACAUCUACGAAACCAAGAUUUAGAAGUAGCUUUUUUGGUACGUAAAAAUUUUCCAAGAGACUGCUACUUCAUUUCAUUAUUUUACAAUGACUAUCUUUUUAACCAAGAUGAAAACGUCACUCUUGGAAGCUGGAUCCUCAGUAUUUUAAUUCCGGAAACUGGAAAUGUUGAUAACCCGUCAAUCCAAAUUUAUUUUAAAGAAUUUAACAAACAUGCACACCAAUCGUGCAAUCAUUGGAAAUACGGCAACGAUGAAAAUUAUAUAGCAAAACCGGGAAAAUGGAAAUUUGAUAGUGUAGCUAAAAAGUUCAAAAAAGGGUAUUACAUCUGCGAAGUGAACCACACUACCCAUUUCGGAAUGUUAGUAUCCGGAACGGUGCCUGAAAAUUUUAUUUUGGACCUGAUUACGAUUUUCGGCUCGAUUUUAUCGAUAAUAGGGAUCAUCGUAAUUAUAUUAACCGCAAUAUUGUUCGAGAGGGGGAGAAACGAAAUAAGUAAAAAAAUCGUAAUUAAUGUCUCCAUAUGUUUGCUACUUUUGAUAAUAUUGUUUAUUAUAUCAGACCGGGUUAAUAACGGUAAGGCUUGUAUUACGGUUGGAAUUUUGUUGCAUUACAUAGUAAUUGCUCAAUUUUGUUGGAGCUUAGCAGUCUCUUAUUCGAGUUAUCGCAGGUAUUAUAUCGUGUUCAAUUAUCACGUUGUGCAUAUUUUAAAAUUCUGUAUUUUCUCGUGGGGAGUCCCACUAAUUAUUGUUACAAUAACUGCAGCAAUGAAUUAUCAAACGUAUGAUAAAUCACCAGAUAAAGAAUCCUCCCAAAUCUGUUACCCUAAAGGCAUUUAUCUCAAGUUUGGAGUGUGCUUACCGAUGGCGGUCAUAUUGACCAUAAACUUGAUCAUUUACAUAGUUAUACUAAAAAAUUUAACAGCAACAAAACUGAACAUAAGAAAACAUGUCACUAAAAAAUCUUAUAAUAAACAAAAAGUAUUGAUUUUGUUGUUUUUCAUGAUGGGCAUGUCUUGGGUUUUUGGUUUUCUUGUCGCAUUCACGGACAAUAUAAUUUUUCUUUAUAUUUUUUGUACUACAGCGACUUUGCACGGUUUUGUCAUUUAUCUUUUUUACAUCGUGGAUUCAACCGACAUUAAACAACAAUGGAAAACUAUGUUUGAUAAAAUAAUACCAAAAAAAUUAACACAAAAACUGAGUUCUAAGAGUCAAAAUACUGACAUCGUUUCUGAAUCUGUAGUUGGAUAAUUGGAUAAAAUAUCUCACCUGUCCUCUUCUUCGUCUGUCUCUUCUUCGUUGUCCUCACCAUUGGUGCAAUAAUUUUCAUCAGGAAUUUUUAAAGUGUCAGUGGACAUUUUUUGUAGUCAACACUUAAGAGCACGAUCGUCAGUGUUACUAAAUGAUUUUAUAUUAUGAAAAUAACACAUCGCGGUUGUCCUUGUACGUACUAACUUAAACAAGAUUAAGACCCUUAAUGCCCUCUAAAUCUUGUUAAAGUGUGAUGGUCAUAGUAAGUAUUCCAAACAUGAUUAGUUCAACACUGUUUCGAUGUAGGAAAUUAAUCG